AUGCUGCCAACAAGCCCUCACACCGUUCUCUUCUGGGCUAGUCUCUUGCUUGCAUUUCCCGGUGCUCUCCUUGCUCCUACCAAGCGAUCCGAGUGCACCAACCCCGCCAUUCGCAGGGAGUGGAGCACUCUCUCACAGUCCAAACGGGACGCCUUCCACAAGGCUGUCAAAUGUCUGCAGACCAAGCCCAGCAUAGUCGAAUCCGGAGGAGAUCUUAGUGAAUGUGGAUAUACAGAUCCAAUGCCCUACUGGGAUUGGACCCGCAACGCGGACAGCGCAAGCGCAUUCAGAAACGCGCCCAUAUUCGACCCCGUUACAGGAUUUGGAGGCCCCAGCACUCCAGAGGGUAAUGGAACUGCAGUCUGCGUUGACAAUGGCCCAUAUGCCGGGUUCCAGGUUAACAUACCUGAGCCGCAUUGCCUGCAGCGUAGCUUCCCCGUAACCAACGAAAUGGCCGGAAACUGGACAAGCUCGACAGUGAACAGAAUCAUGGAAUAUCCGGACUAUAUGCGCUUUUGGAACACCUCCGAGCGCUCACCUCAUGACCUGAUUCAUGGGGCGGUCGGCGCCGACUUGCGCCAAAACUAUUCGCCUAACGAACCCCUCUUCUUCCUGCAUCAUUCACAGGUCGACCGCCUGUGGACGCUCUGGCAGGGGAGGAAUGCAACUCGUCUCUCGGACUACCAGGGUAAUACUGUACAGAAUACGACCGACUACAAUGCGAGCUUGCAAGAUACGAUGAAAUUUAUGGGACUUGGGGAUGAUCGAUCGGUCGAGAGUCUUAUGGACACUCUAUCUAACGGACUAUGCUAUAAGUAUGACGACGACGAGUGA